AUGGCAAAGCCGGUACCGAUCCAACCUGGGCCUUUGCAUCAUAAUGUGAUGAUUGCUCCUAAUUUGCAUGGUGGGAAGAAGCAGGAUGCGGUUUCGUCAGGUCUGACUAUUCGAACUUCACGUCACUGGGUUCUUCCCCCGCGUCCGAAACCUGGGCGGAAGCCUAGUUGUUUGGUUGGGAAUUGUCGGAACGGUGCUGUGGUGGCUUCUACUUGUGCCAAGGGCGGCGGCGGUGAUGCUGUAGGUGGUGUGGACGAUGGUAAAGGGCAUUCUGUUUGUGUGUCGCAGGCGUCGGUGGAACCCAGUGGGAGGACCGGUGAUGUGGGGGGUAGUGGUACGGGAUCGGAGACGUCUAACGGUAAUGGCGGCGGUAAGAAGUCAGCUGCGAAAAAGCCCAAGACUAAAAUAGUAUUACGGAAAGAAAUCCAGCAGCUUAAAUUGGAGAAUACAAAGCUUAAGAAGGAACUGGGGCGUCUUGUGGGUAGUCUUCAGGAUUUGAAACGCAAGUGUUCGUCACCUACUGCGGUUGUGGGGAGUGAUAGCAAGAGUAGGCACAGUAACAGGAAUGAAGAGUGGGGGAAAAAGCGUGGUUUUGUUGAAGAUACUACGGAAGCUUUUUUGAAGUUUGAGGAUGAUGAGGAUGAUGGUGAUAAUGGCGAUGGCGAUGGGGAGGGUGAGGAUGACGACGACGACGAAGAUGAUGACGGUUUGGUUUCUGUAGAUGAUACAGUAUUGGUUUCUUCAUCAUCGUUGUCUCAGCAACAGCAGCCGGCACUUACUACCGUCCGCCUGGCGCAAGCUUUGUCUUAUAGUUCCCGUACGAAUCUGACAGAUGAAGAGGAGGUUGGAUCUACACCGUCGUCCUUGUUUUCAAGUGAUCUUCACGGUCUUUCUGUUGUGUCGACGACUACCACGAGUACCACACUUCCCAUGGGUGUUGGAGGUGGUAAUACGAACCCAAUUCAGUCUCCUCCCCUAUAUGAUGGUAACGGUAGUCCUUCUCCAUCGACUUCUUCAUCCAAACCUGCACAACCACGAGGACAGCAGCAGCAGAGCAACGCUAGGCCUUUUCCGGUUGACUCGAUAACAUUUUUGGAUGAUUAUGAACUUUCAGAGUUCUGCAACAAGCAUCAUGAUAUGCUUUUGGGUAACUAUCAGUCUUCUCUUCCGGAAGAUCAUCAACGAUUAACCAAAAGCAAUACCGAAUUAGAUUCUAUUAAGGAAGAAGACUAUCAUGCUUCAAAAAUUCUCGAUAGUACGCAACAAGAUAUGGACAGUACAAGUAUAUUACGUUUUCUAAAAACACAUAUUAAUGGCCAACAAAGUAGCUGCUUUGAAGAUGAUGAUGACGAUGAAUUAUAUGUUGUUCGUUCAACUGCGGCUGCUGCUGAUGAUGAUCGCAAUGGUUGGGUGAUGGUUGAUGAUGAUUGUGUCGAUGUUGUAGUCAAGUCCAAAUCAGAUUAUUUUAUGCCGCCUUCCUUAGAGGAAUUGAUGGAAGAGCAGGACGACUGUGAUCGUGAUUCAAAACUUCUGGGUCCUGUAAGCAGCGGCGAUUUAGCGGGUCUCAGUUUAGGAAACCAUUGA